AUGGCACCCAUCUUUGCCCGGCAAUCCCAUAAUCCCACUCCAGCUGUUCCCCGUCCAUCGAAAGGCGCUCCUGCCAUUCCCUUGCCGGGCACGAAAUACAUCAGUCUUAAGGUCCUGCUGCAGCUGUUUGCAGGGACUAUCUGUAUCUUCUUUCUCGCGGUGUUGUUUUGGAGGCUGGGGAGGUUCUUUCGGCGUUUCACUAAAGAUCGAGUGCUCGGGGGAGGAAAUAUCACCGCCACUCGCUAUGCGAAGACUUGGUACGGGUGGAUACCAUUGCGGCAGCAUGAACUCAACAAGGCGCGAUUCAAAAGGUGCUUUCGCUGGUUUCGGCAUUGGACUUCGUGGAAUUCGACCAAUGAUGAUUAUAGCUGGGUGUGGUGGGAUCCGGGGCAGAAGGAAACCAAAAGUCGCCGCAAGAAACAAGGACCCCUGCGGUUUCUACCAGCUUGCUUUGAGGACUACGAAUGCAUCGCAGCCGAUACUAUCUGGAGUCCCUGUUCUCGCAUACCGUCCCUGACCAACAGAACGGGGCCAUGCUUGCCAUUCACAAUGUCGGGCGCUCUUCCGACUCACGAGAUCACCAGGGUAGCGACUAGGGAGUCAUAUAGCGUAUCCCGAUGGAAACAUGGCGAGAACGCACCGACGAUUCACGAAGAGUCUAUAAUCCUAGAAACGGGCGGGAUCAUCAUGGAAAUCGACGCGCGAAGGAUUAUCGGCCGCAGUACCGCGAACAAAAGCAGGCGACUGCCUGACGAAACUCCCGCAUCAAUCGUUGGUAGACGUUUUCUUUCGUUGGACCAAUCGUCCCCAUUGAUGAGAAGCAAAUGCCCCGUCACCUUUUUCUCUGACUACGAGCAAUCGAUGAGAUAUUGGCAGUCCCUCCCGUGCCUUUUGACACCGGAAUUGGUCAUACAGAAGAUGAAGGAGUACUCACAAGUCUCACGGAAUAGUGCGGACAUGAAACACGCCAAGGUGAUGCCCGAAAGAUCUGAGUUCAUCCGAUGCUCUCGCAAAUAUCAGGUUUGGUCAGCCCGGAUGCAGGUCAAGACUGCCGCAGAUUUAGAAUACGGCAUUGGCAGAUCACCUGCGCCCCCAGGAAGCCCUCGUUCCGAGAUUCUGAGAAGUCUAUCCUCGCAGCAAACCUUUUGUUUGGAAUCCACACGCAGAGCAAGCGGAACGAUCACCAUGAGCAUUUCUUCCGGGUCAAGCGAGUUUCUGCGAGCUAGCGUCAGGAAAGCUCGUCCCCGAGAAAGAGCUCAGUUAAUGCACCACCAAAACGAUGGCCCCGAUGACGGAAGCUGGCCCUCUGUGCGCAUGUUCACCAGCCCGCGAUCCUCGCGUUACUCAACGAUUGAAAUGGCCCCCUUGAACGAAAAGAGGCUGCAGAUGGCUCGCACACAAAGGUUAUCUGACAUGAACAGGAGGUAUAUCGCUCCGCAGGUAGUGGUACCUAUCAAGCGCAUGAGUGAUUGGGAAAUAAGACUCAUAGACGGUGUGGACCGACGGCUCGACUGGCUCUCAGAUCAACUUAGUCCGGGACGCAGAGCGUUUCAUUUCGCGAUGCUUGCCAACCACUGGCUAAACAAGAAAACCUGGAUUGUGUAUGAUCCUCCAUCACGGGUUCCGAUUGAAGCGAGACGACUACAGGGUGACCCACGAUUUAAUGUGCCUUAUCCGAUGCCGGACUGGGGACCGAGGCCCAAGUACCCGCCAGUACAUCGCAACACAGUCUACAAACCUCGAAUAAAUUCCUGGAGAAUGGCGAUGAAUCGGCAUCGACAGCAUAUGGGGCUAACGGAUUUCAUCAAAGUCGUUGAGUUAUACGACAGUUCCAACGAUGAACCCCCGGAUGGAAGUGUUGACCCGGCAUGUUGGAUCCUCCGUAGGCCCCCGCAGGGGUUUGGCGUCUCCAAAAAGCAGGAAAACACCUAUUACGAAGGGGGAACGGGGUGGCAAGAAACAUUCAGGGACUGGCAGAGAGUCCGCCGUGGGUAUCGCAUUCACAAGGCAAUUCAUGAAGGUCGGGCUAACCGGGGCCGUGUUAAAGAAAUCGGCCAUGGUAUUGCACGAUGUUCUAGAAAGAUACAAUCCGGAGUUUUCUCACAGCCGUUCAACUCGAAUCCAGGAGGAACAUAA